CACAUACAGACAAACACACUCCUGCAUAUCUAACUGCACCAGACAGGCUAUGGGAGCCAGGUUGUUUGUAUCUAAGUAAUUUUUAACCUGGUGUUUGGGGUCAGGAUUGACCUCUAGAACCCACUUUUGGAUUUUCAUUUCUUUGAAGCUCAGACAGAUUGAUGUUUGGAAUUACUAUCCUUCCUUCUGCACAUAAACAAGGCCAUUUCCUUCUAUUUAAUGACUUGUCCUGCCUGCUGAGCUGGCUGGAAGGAGACCGGUUAUGUCAGAACCCUGAGGAAUACUUAUUAACACAAGAUCUCUUUAUUUUCUGUUCCUCCUCUGUAAUCCCCUCUAGUAUCCCCCUUUCUCCUCCCCUCCUUUUCCGUCCUCAUCUCUUCCGUGCGUGUGUGCAUGUGUGUGAGUGUGUGUGAGAGAGAGCCAUGCUGGGGGUAUGAGUGUGUGUGUACGCGUGUGAGAAGGCUAUGCAGACGGUGCUCCACACACACGGAGCAUGCUUGUGAGUGAAGGCUCCGGCCAACAUGAGCCUCCCGAGCCCAGAGCGCGUCCACAGCAACAGCCCAAACCCGCGUGCAUCCUCCUCCCUUUCUUGCUCCCUCCCUCGCUCCCUCCCUUGCUCCCUCUCUUCAUCCACGAUCCUCAGCCGCACCGCCUUUCCUGCGCCAGCCAGGGGGACAGCUCCUGCAGUUCCCACGGUGACGGUUGCCGAGCGCCGGCCUGCCCCAUGGAGGAAGCCCAAGGCAACACGCUGGUCGUCCGCAUCGGCAUCCCCGACCUGCAGCAGACAAAAUGCAUGAAGUUUAACGUGGAGUCACCUAUCUGGCUGUCUAAACAGCGUAUCCUUUGCUCGUUGAACCAGAGCUUGAAAGACGUGCUGAACUACGGCCUUUUCCAGCCUGCAUACAACGGCAAAGCGGGCAAGUUUCUGGACGAACAGCGCACUCUGAAGGAGUACCCGCUUCCCACUGUCACUCCCAUCCCAUACCUAGAGUUUCGUUAUAAGAGGCGUGUUUACACACAGACCCACCUGGAUGACAAGCAGCUGGCUAAACUGCACACUAAGGCUAACUUGAAGAAGUUUAUGGAGUAUGUUCAGCAAACGAAUACUGAGAAGGUUUCAAAGUUUCUGGAGAAAGGCCUCGACCCAAAUUUCCACGACCCAGAGACCGGGGAGUGUCCAUUAACGAUGGCAGCUCAGUUAGAAGGCUGUGCAGAACUCAUUAAGGUGUUGAAAGGUGGAGGAGCUCACCUGGACUUCAGAACUAGAGAUGGCAUCACUGCUCUCCAUAAGGCUGUGCGCACAAAAAACCAUACAGCUCUGAUAACACUGCUGGACCUGGGUGCGAGUCCAGAUUAUAAAGACAGUCGGGGUUUGACGCCGCUGUACCACAGCUCUAUGGUGGGUGGUGACCCUUACUGUUGCGAGCUCCUCCUGCAUGACCACGCUCAGGUGGGGUGUGUGGAUGAAAAUGGCUGGCAGGAGAUCCACCAGGCCUGUCGUCACGGCCACGUGCAACAUCUGGAGCACCUUCUCUUUUACGGAGCCGACAUGAGCGCGCAGAAUGCUUCAGGAAACACUGCCCUACACAUCUGUGCCCUCUACAACCAGGAUAGCUGUGCACGUGUUUUGCUGUUCAGAGGAGCGAAUAAAGAGAUAAAGAACUACAACAGCCAAACUGCCUUCCAGGUGGCUAUUAUAGCUGGAAAUUUUGACCUGGCAGAAAUAAUAAAAGUUCACAAAGCAUCAGACGUUGUGCCUUUCAGGGAAACGCCUUCCUACACAAACCGCCGGCGUGUGAUAGUAGGAGGUGGCACUCUGACCUCAUCACGCAACCUGCUUCGUUCCGCCUCUGACAACAAUCUGAACGGGGCAGAGACGGGUACUGCCCAUUCUCCUGUACCCUCUCUGCGCAGUCUGCCCCCUCUGGCUGCCGCCGGAGGGGAGGCAGCAGCCGAUGGUAGCCUCCAGAGCACCGGUAGCUCCCGCUCCUCCCACUCACGCUCACCUUCUCUGCACCGCGUCAGCGAGGAACCUGAUCCUCCUGUCCUGCGCAGACACCCCACAUACACACACGGGCGUGGCCGUCUCAGCCCUGGGACGGUGCAGCGGGAUGUCAGCCCUCCGCCCGCCGGGCCCUCACACACACUCGCCGGCGCCCGCGGGCCCAAACGGAAACUCUACAGCGCCGUGCCUGGGCGCACCUUCAUCGUGGUGAAACCCUACACACCCCAAGGAGAGGGAGAGAUCCAGCUGAACCGUGGAGAAAGGGUCAAAGUGCUCAGUAUAGGAGAAGGGGGCUUUUGGGAGGGCACAGUGAAAGGGAGGACCGGCUGGUUUCCUGCAGAGUGUGUGGAGGAGGUGCAGAUGAGACAGUAUGACCCUCGACUAGAAACGAGAGAAGAUCGUACGAAGAGGCUGUUCAGACAUUACACUGUGGGCUCCUAUGACAACUUCACCUCCUACAGUGAUUACAUCAUUGAGGAGAAAGAUGCUAUGCUGCAGAAGAAAGAGAACGAAGGUUUUGGUUUUGUCCUGCGGGGAGCAAAAGCCGAGACACCCAUUGAAGAGUUUACCCCUACACCUGCUUUCCCUGCAUUGCAAUACCUGGAGUCUGUUGACGUGGAAGGUGUGGCUUGGAGGGCGGGGCUAAGGACAGGUGACUUCCUCAUUGAGGUGAACAGAGUGAACGUAGUGAAGGUGGGCCAUAAGCAGGUGGUGUCCCUUAUACGACAAGGCGGGAGCAAUCUGUUGAUGAAAGUGGUGUCGGUGACACGCAAACCAGAAACUGAGGAUGUGGUCAGAAAAAAGGCACCACCGCCACCCAAGAGAGCACCCAGCACCACACUCACGCCAAGGUCCAAGAGCAUGACUGCUGAGCUUGAGGAGCUGGCAUCUGCAAGGAGGAGGAGAGGAGAAAGGCUAGAUGAAAUCUUGGCCUCUCAGGAGUCAGCAAUGAGACCGCAAGUAGAGGCAGACUACAGAGCAGCCACGGUGAAGCAACGACCAACCAGCCGCCGAAUUACACCAGCAGAAAUCAGUUCUCUUUUCGAGCGGCAAGGUCUUGCUCUCCAUGGUUCUGUUCACCCAGCACUGGAAAAAGCUCACAUUCAGCUGCCCAAAGGCAUGUCCAGAACCAAGUCAUUCGGAGCUACUGAGGAGGACCGGCUAUCUGCCCUGGCGGCAGAGCAUAGGUUUCCACGGAGCUCCUCGAUGACGGACACCCUGAGAGACAGUCACAAUAUCCCUCCUCCACCUCAGACAGCACCACCUCCUCCACCCUCACUCUACUACUUGGACAUGGGUCCACCGCCACCUUUCUGCCCACCCCCUCCACCGAGCCGUGUUCAUGACCCCAGUCGCUCCAGCUUUAAGCCAGGCUCUGAGCCCCGACUGCAUGGGCUACCGCAGACCAUGUCUGCUGAACUGUAUGAACCCCCACGCCACAGUGCCCACAUAGAUCGACAAAAGAAGGCACGUUCCAUGAUUCUCUUGCAAGACUCAUCCCACCAUUCUGUAGACCCCACAGACAUCCCAAGGCCUGGCCCAGCCUCCACCCCACCAGAAAGAAUCAAGCGCAAAGGACGUGUUAUUGACAACCCUUACGCUAAUGUUGGCCAAUUCAGCAUGGGAUUGUACACCCCACCACCCAGCAAGCCCCAACGCAGGAAGAGCCCACUAGUAAAGCAGUUGCAAGUGGAGGAUGCCCAAGAGCGAGCCUCGCUGGCACUGGCUUCAGUCCAUUCCAGGGAGCAUUCACCCACAGGCCGAUUGGCAGCUCACCAUACUAGCAGGGCAGAUUACUACCAGCAGCAGCUGCUACAGGAACGCAGUCGAGCUCAAGCUGAGGGUCUGCUGCAGGGAAAAGCGCAUUUUGCUGCCGCAAUUGCUGGUGCUGUCAAGGACAGGGAGCAGCGUCUUGAAGAUCGAAGAAAAUCCACAGUCUUCCUGUCUGUGGGCACCAUGGAAGGCAGCUCAGCCCCACCGCUGGAAUCCCACUUACUCACACAGUCUCAUUCUGUUGACGAACGUCUGCUUACCAGUGAACUUGGUCAGCUGCCUCCACCUGCCCUGGCACUGCGACCCUCUUCAAGUGGCACAACAUUUAUCCACCCACUGACAGGGAAGCCCCUUGACCCCAACUCCCCUUUGGCACUUGCGCUGGCCGCAAGGGAACGGGCUUUAACUUCCCAGAGCCAAUCCCCUGCUAGCAGCCCUGAGCCUAGGACUAAGCAUGAGGCUGCUGGUGGGGUGCUGUUCAUGGACACCCAGACCAAAGAGGCUGAAGGUGAGAGGGAUCUUGCAUCGCUGUCCUUUUCACCUGGAGAAAAAAGGAGCUACUCAUCCACCGCCACUAGCAAGAUUUCUUGGGGGACACCAACAACCAAAAGAAAAGAAACAGUGGUGGGAACAGAGAAGAAAGAGGAUAAAAGGCUAGAAAACAAGAAAAGCAUGAUCAUCAGUAUCAUGGACACAUCACAGCAUAAGACUGCUGGGCUUAUUAUGGUUCAUGCAACCAGUAAUGGUCAAGCCGUUGGACUGGGCCCAGAACAUGCCUCCCCUCCUCCGAAAGGCAUCAUUUCAGAAAGCCCAAAGCCCACAUUAGCUGAAAUCAAGCGGACCAAGUCUCCCAGCCCAGAAACACCCUCCACACCAACUCCGACUCCUGCCACACCCUCAACCCCCCAAGCACCCACUAGUCCAUUUUCAGAUAAAACACCCCAGGCAUCCUCUAGCCCAUCUUCUGAUAAAACCCUGGCCCAGGGAAGCUCAGAGGAAGAUGUGGAGCCCUACUCUGUUACCUUACCACCUGCCAUGCUGUCCUCUAGUGAUGAGGAGACACGGGAGGAGCUGCGGAAAAUUGGUGUGGUUCCUCCACCAGAUGAAUUUGCAAAUGGUCUCCUAGUGAAGGCACCUGCAGCUCCUGCUACUCCUUCAAAAGCCAAGCUAGUGACCCCCUCAGAAUCAUCUACAGUUCCCAGUCCUACCCCUCCCACUGCAGCCGCUACAGCAGCACAGGCCCCUGCCACCAGCGGCCCACCAGCAGCCUCAGGGAAGCCAUCUGAGCCCCACCUGGGCCCAGAGUCUGCUGCUGACUCUGGAGUAGAGGAGGUGGACACUCGCAGCUCCAGCGAUCACCACCUGGAGACCACGAGUACCAUCUCCACUGUCUCCAGCAUGUCCACCCUAUCCUCAGAGAGUGGUGAGCCCACUGACACCUACACGUCCCAUGCCGACGGCCAGACCUUCAUCCUUGAUAAGCCGCCAGUGCCUCCAAAGCCAAAGCUCAAGUCUCAGCUCAGCAAAGGCCCAGUAACCUUCAGGGACCCCCUGCUCAAACAGUCCUCGGAUAGUGAGCUGCUCUCACAACAGCAUGCAGCUGCGCUGGCUGCUGCCACGGGGACCUCGGGCCCAACAAGACCCCGCUACCUCUUCCACAGACGCUCCAAGCUAUGGGGGGACCCCAUAGAACCCCGUCCGCUUGCAGGCGCAGAGGAAGGCAAACCCACUGUGAUAAGUGAGCUCAGCUCCAGACUGCAGCAGCUUAACAAGGAUACAUGCUCACUUGGUGAAGAGCCACUUAUAGGUUCACUCGACCCUGGACGCAAGUCUCCUGUGGCCGGUGCCAGACUCUUCAGCAGUCUAGGGGAACUCCACACCAUCUCUCAGCGAAGUUACGGCACCACAUACACCAUCCGACCAGGCAGCCGUUACCCAAUGACCCGUCGGUCUCCCAGCCCUGGCUCUGCUUCCCCAGAUCGUUCAGAUCCACUCGGACCCAUUCGAGGCUUCGGCCUGGCUACCUCGCCCACCACGGCCCCUACCAUCCUGAAAUCCUCCAGCCUCAGCCUGCCCCAUGAGCCAAAGGAGGUGCGUUUUGUCAUGAGGAGCUCCAGUGGCAGGAGCCGCUCUCCCUCACCUGGACACUCCCCUGGUGUGCCCUCACCACUCCUUACACUGCGCCCCUUCCAUCAGAAACCCCUGCACCUGUGGAACAAGUACGAUGUGGGUGACUGGCUUGCCAGCAUUAAUCUAGCUGAGCACCGUGAGCGCUUCCAGGAGCAUGAGAUUGAGGGCUCCCAUCUCCCAGCCCUCACUAAAGAAGACUUUGCAGAGCUGGGUGUGACACGUGUUGGCCAUCGUAUGAACAUUGAGCGCGCCUUAAAGCAGCUGCUGGAAAGGUGACCCCUCACCGCGCUCUGUCUGUAGCUAGUCUCACUAAAGUUGUCUUUGUUUUGUUUGUUUUUUUUGCUUUGUUUUUUAUUUUGGGGUUUAAUUUGUGAGUUAUCAUUAUUAUUUCCAUGGAAGUAAGCCUGGUUUAUUUAGUAGCAACUUUGCCCCAAAUCCCUCACCAUCACACAAUUAGCAGUCAAUUAGCCAGCUUGUAAUAGGCUGUGAAGUGCAUAAACAUUUAGAAGCACUGUUUUGGUAAACGCUUUAUUUGAAUGUUUGUUUUUCUCUCCUCUUCAACCAUUUUUCCUCUCUUAUUGUACCCUUGUUCUACUGGGAAAACCCUAGCUACCAUAUUUGCUUUAAAAAAAAAAAAGAAAGCAGGCAUGAUGUUGGAUGAGGGAAGUUCAUUUGCCUUUCUGAAUAUAUUGUAAAGGAUGAGCAGAGCGGGGGCCAGGUCGUCUCUACCUUCUGCCCGCCCCCUUCUGGCUGAGGAACAUAUUAUACCUGGAGAAUGUUAAACCAACACUAGUGGCUUUUUUUCAUAAUCCGACUUUUCCUUUGGUGGACCAAAGGGAAUGUGACGUUAAAUAGGAUAUCUCAAUGUAUUUACAUAGCUUUGAAAAAGGAGAGGCAGUGAACACACAUGAACUGUGCACAACUGCACUCGUCUCUCCCCCUUAGAUGAUGUGAAAUCCAUCAAUAAUUUAUUCAUUUUUACCAGUUAUAGACAUAUAUAUAUAUUUGAAAAGUAUAUAGAUAUAUAAAUAACAUUUUGUCAUAAAUAUAAAAGUUAUAUAUGGUAUUCUAUUUAAAAACACUGUCAAUUUUUCCUAAUGUUCAUCCUUUUAUGGACUGUAGCAUGAAUGUCACAUGAUCAGUGUGACAGCUAUCAGAUUUGUGAACAGUGAAUUGUACCGUGCCCUUUUUUUUCUUACUUUAUGGGUUCAUUGUGGUUUAAAAAACUCUGUCUUCCGUCUACAAUUAGGGCAGCCCACAGUGGACAGUGUGUGUGACUGACCCCCCCAUCACACACACAAAUACACACUACAAAGUACUUGACAUCUCGGUCAUGCUGUUAACAGCUCUUCAUGCACUUACACACAUUAAAACUCCUCCAUAUCAAAUUUUAUUCAAACUCGAAACCAUCUUUAAUUUGGUUAAUUAGAAAUGAGCUGUGCAAUAAAAAAAGUGCGUGUGUCUGUGUGUGUUUGUGUGUGUUACGAUGGGGCCACUGUGGGACAAGACACGUGUUAACCGUACACGGUAGCUCAGCUGUGUGCUACUGGGAGAUGGUGAACAACUAAAAAAAAAAAAAAAACAAGAAGACAGACUCUAUAAUUGUAAGAGAUUUUCUGUGCCACUACACAGGGGCUUGUGUGGCUCAGGGGCUCUUCAACUCUAAGCACUGAAGCAUUUGGGCAGUUCAUUUGGGUUUACUAUUUAUUUGUUUUUAUUGGUUUUCUGUUAAGCCCCAUAGUAUGUGGAUUUUGUAGCUUGUGAAAUAUAAUGCUUAGAAUAAUUUUUAUCAAUUAACUUAGAAUGAAUUUUAGAAUGACUAAAAGGGUUGAACUGAAAAAAAAAACUGUCCUUUCCGAACUUAUAACUGUAUAUAUGGACAAAUUAUGAAUUAUUUGUUUUUUAUAUCAAUCACAAGCAAUGUACAUAUGAUAGUUUUAAUAUAAAUUUUUAAAAAUUCAAAAAAUAUAUAGAUCUAUAUAUGAAUGUUUGGCAUAUAUGCAUAGUUAACCACCUGUGGAAAAAGGUGAAAAGAUUUUAUUCUUUGUAUGGACUGAGUUUGGGGAUGAUUUGCACAAAACAAGGUGCUAGCAUUCAAGCCAUCCAUUCUCACGUCUCUGUCUGCACUUUCCUCCAUCCUCCUGCUACAAAAACACAUCUGAUAUCUGUUUAACACACACUACAAGCUCAAAGGAAGGGAUCUAAAUAAAAAAUAAAAAAAGGUGUGUAACAAAUGUGUACUCAAACCACAGACACUAACAAACCCACACUGUACACACACAGAAGUAGUGAAUACGGCACUACUCGCAAUCUAUAUGCAGCCAAGGAGAACUGAAGAAUCAGUUCGUCUUUCUGAUGACGUUUUUUUGGAGCCAUGCCCCUUGCACCAGGAAAGAACACUGUGUUUUAAGACCUCUUUUCUGGCAGCUGUAUCAUUUCAGAGUCACCACUUUUCAUCACAUUGGCUGAGUCCAGAUCUAAACCUCAGCUCCUUUCGCUGUGCCCUUCUAGCAGACAGACCUGAGGUUUGUGGUAGUCAUUAAUCCAGCCUCACUUCCAGAAGGUGCUCAGUUCAGGCUUGAGAAGUAAAAGAAAAAAGCUGGUUUUAGCCUCAUGUACUUCAUCUGUGAAGCUUCUACAAAGCUUCAGAACUUUGAACGUUUGCCACACUUUGUUUUAUUCACAUUUUGGUGUCUCAUAUCUUGAACAGGAAUUAAAUCAUGCCUUUAAGUGUUUCUUUAAAGUAGUGGUGACAUGGUCUCACAUUUUCCCACGGAUCACAAGAAAACGUCUGUGCUUGGUUGGUUGGUUGGUUGCAAUGUUCGUCAAAUUGCCUGGUUCUCCGUAUGUAUUAGGUGCUUGUGCAAACUUAGCGACUCUCUAGUGUGUACUACAAGGGUGGCUUAUAAGACUAGGGACAACCAAUCCUCACCAUUUUAAAACAAUAGGAAAGUAUCUGAGCAGAUUAUUUUAAAAAGGAAUAAACAGAACAGAACUAGAAACUAAAUUUGAUCAAUGUACACUAUACAAUACAUUAUAUUGCAUAAAUCAAUAUAAAGCAAGAAUGGCACAGAGGAAAAUUAGGUUUAGAAUCAGGACCCUGAGAAAACUGUGACUUCCAUUCAUGUUCUACACUGCAGAUCAUCAUUGAGCCUUUAUGAGACUUGAAAAUAUGCAUCGACAUCGAUUUAAGAUCUUCUUAGACUGAAAUUAAUCUUGACAUUUAGUCCAUUUAUUUAUUUCUUUAUUUAUUUCAGAAGUUUUUUUUUUUAUUGUAAUUCGGUCAUUCGAUUAAUUAAAAGUAAGAUGUACAAAUGUUUGGCGUAUGAUUGUCUCAUACACGGCUCUUUCUCAGAGCAAGAGAUGAUUAGUGUCUGUAACUGAUGUAGUUGAGCUCAUCUCUGACACUGAGACUUUGUGCCACGAUCAUCAUUAGUCUCUCUCUCUUUUUUUGUUUUUUUGUUAAUUUGUCUGCCAUAUUCAUAUCCCAUCACUCUUCUCAUCCCCCGUUCCCAAUUCUGGGAUAUUUACUUUUGUGUUUGUGUCUAUAUGGAGUGCUUAGUAAUUAAAAAGUGAAAGAUUAAAAGAAAAAAUAACAAUGUGCCAAAACGUGAUUAGUUUAUAGCUAUUCAUGGACACUAGUUCUGUUGAGAUUUAAAGCUGUUAGAAUCAGCACUUAUGGUGCCACCUCCUGGAAAUCUUGAGAACUCCAGACAUUUCCUAUCAUGCUUAAUACACUUUUAUUUUCUUAGUCAGUAAGACGUCAGAUAAACCUUUAUGUUUUGUAGAGUGUUACUCUAACUUGUAAUCGAUCCAGUUUAUGUGCUUUUCAUGUUGCUUGAAUAUCAUUUUUGUUUUGGCUGAACUCCAGUAAGCCUUUGAGUGAGUGACUGCAUUAGAUAGCUACCUUUAAAAAGCCUUCUCCUUCAUCUUUAGUUAUGCGCCUCAGAUACAAGACAAAUUUGAUCCUCUAAAAAAAAAGAGAAUGGACAUGAUUUCUUUGUAACUUUACUAUACUUAACAAGAUCGGUUGGGGGAAAUGUUAAAUAAACCGACAUCAUUAACAUUGCCAUGCUCUGUAGAGUUGUCACUUGUUUCCUGACCAACAAAAGCACAAUAAAAAUGGCAAGAAAUGCA